ACGGCUCUCUCCGGUCCCCGCUGUCCCGGCAGGAGGCUGACGGGACCCUGGACUGCAUCAGCAUGGCCCUGACGUGCACCUUCAACCGCUGGGGCACGCUGCUGGCCGUGGGCUGCAACGACGGCAGGAUCGUCAUCUGGGACUUCCUGACCCGCGGCAUCGCCAAGAUCAUCAGCGCCCACAUCCACCCCGUCUGCUCCCUGUGCUGGAGCCGGGACGGGCACAAGCUGGUGAGUGCCUCCACCGACAACAUCGUGUCUCAGUGGGACGUGCUGUCCGGGGACUGCGACCAGCGCUUCCGCUUCCCCUCGCCCAUCCUCAAAGUGCAGUACCACCCCCGCGACCAGAACAGGGUGCUGGUGUGUCCCAUGAAGUCGGCCCCGGUGAUGCUGACGCUCUCCGACUCCAAGCACGUGGUGCUGCCCGUGGACGACGACUCCGACCUCAACGUGGUGGCGUCGUUUGACCGGAGAGGGGAAUACAUCUACACCGGGAACGCCAAGGGCAAGAUCUUGGUCUUAAAAACAGACACUCAGGAUCUUGUUGCUUCCUUCAGAGUGACCACAGGGACCAGCAACACCACGGCCAUUAAAUCCAUCGAGUUCGCCCGCAAAGGGAGCUGCUUCCUGAUCAACACGGCCGACCGGAUCAUCCGCGUGUACGACGGGCGGGAGAUCCUCACCUGCGGGCGCGACGGCGAGCCCGAGCCCAUGCAGAAGCUGCAGGACCUCGUCAACAGGACCCCCUGGAAGAAGUGCUGCUUCUCGGGGGACGGCGAGUACAUCGUGGCGGGCUCGGCGCGGCAGCACGCGCUCUACAUCUGGGAAAAGAGCAUCGGCAACCUGGUGAAAAUCCUGCACGGAACGCGCGGCGAGCUCCUGCUGGACGUGGCAUGGCAUCCGGUGCGGCCCAUCAUCGCCUCUAUUUCCAGCGGGGUGGUUUCCAUAUGGGCUCAGAACCAGGUGGAAAACUGGAGCGCUUUUGCCCCCGAUUUCAAGGAGCUGGAUGAAAACGUGGAAUACGAGGAGCGGGAAUCGGAAUUCGACAUCGAGGACGAGGAUAAGAGCGAGCCAGAGCAGACAGGUGCCGAUGCUGCAGAAGAUGAGGAGGUGGACGUGACCAGCGUGGAUCCCAUCGCCGCCUUCUGCAGCAGCGACGAGGAGCUGGAGGAUUCCCGGGCGCUGCUCUACCUUCCCAUCGCUCCGGAGGUGGAGGAUCCCGAGGAGAAUCCCUACGGGCCGCCCCCGGACGCGCUGCCCAGCGCGCUGCCCGACGAGGGGCUGGGCCCCGAGAAGAAGCGCCCCAGCUCCUCGGACGGGCCCCAGAACCCCAAGAAAAAACCCAAAACCACCAACAUCGAGCUCCAGGGAGUCCCCAACGACGGUGGGUGGCGGAUUCCCGGGAUUCGGGGGUGGAUUAUUCCCGGGAUUCAGGGGUGGAUUAUUCCCGGGAUUCGGGGGUGGAUUAUUCCUGGGAUUCGGGGGCCUGCGGAGCCCGUCCCAAGGGAUUUGGGAGGGAUCCAAUCCCAAGGGUUUUGGGGUUUGGGAAAGAUCCAGUCCCAAGGGUUUUGGGAUUUGAGAGAGAGCCCAUCCCAAGGGAUUGGGAGGGAUCCGAUCCCAAGGGUUUUGGGGUUUGGGAAGGAUCCAGUCCCAAGGGUUUUGGGGUUUGAGAGGGAUCCAAUUCCAGCAGUUUUGGGGCUUUGGGAAGGAUCUAAUCCCAGGGGUUCUGGGGCUUUGGGAGGGAGCCCAUCCCAAGGGUUUUGGGGUUUGGGAAAGAUCCAGUCCCAAGGGUCAUCCCAAGGGUUUUGGGGUUUGGGAAAGAUCCAGUCCCAAGGGUUUUGGGAACUGGGAGGGAUCUGA